ACCAAAGCUCACUUUAUAAUGGUUCAGCAGUAUGUCACAUUAAAGGUACACAACGUUUUUCUUAUAGCUACAGAAGAAUCAUUAUUGUGCAACACGUUAUUAUUUUAAUGGUCGAAAAACGUUUAAAUGCGAAAAGCUCACAGAAAAUUCAGACUUUUAACCACAGGUUGGUGAAAGAGUACGCACACGCUAUAAAACCUUAAAAACUGCGGAAUCUACAAAAAUAAAAUAGGGAAAUAUAUAACACCGACGACGGGGGCUGGCUGGCUUUCGAAUACUAUGAGACAGAUGUAAAAGAAAGCGUUUCCACAUUUUUAUUCCACAAUAAAAAACGAUGUUCAGAAUUUGCAGCAUUUCAAAUCAUUCCAGUCGGGAGGGAAAAUGUUAAAUCGUGACGUUGUGGACGCCCUGCCUCCAUUGCACGGCCUCGGCGCCAGUGCGCAUGCUCGGUAGCAGGCGGCGAAACGUUUGCGCUGUGAGAGGUCACGAACUCUGACCCUCCCUGGAGCUGCAGCUACCAGCAGAAACAUACAUUUUUAUUUUAACAUUCUCGGAUACAGAAAACGAAACAGCCACACUGGGUAUUUCCAUCCCAUGGAGUUAAUAACCAAGGGCUUGUAAAAGGACGACAAACAAUGGACAGCACAGCGCAGAGAAUACAGCUUGUUCCAGCAGAAGGUGGUGUGGCACUGGCUCAUCGUAUACAGAUUGUCACAGACCAGCAGACGGGGCAGAAGAUUCAGAUCGUCACGGCACUUGACCAGGCCUCCGCAGGGAAGCAGUAUAUCUUAACGAAUGCUGAUGGCUCCACACCGGGCAAAGUUAUCUUAGCUAGGCAGGAGCACUCUCAAGGAAAAGUCAUCUUGGCGACUCCGGAUGGGACUGGUGUCAACCAGGUGCUGUUCACUUCACCGGACUUGUCUACACAGCAGAUCCAGAUUGUGACAGACACCGGGACAGUGGAUCAAAGCUCUUCCAAGCCUAUAGUUGAAUACUGUGUGGUUUGUGGUGACAAGGCCUCAGGGCGACACUACGGGGCGGUGAGCUGUGAGGGCUGCAAGGGCUUCUUCAAAAGGAGCAUCCGGAAGAACCUGGUGUACACCUGCAGGGGGACCAGGGAGUGCGUCAUCAACAAGCACCACCGCAACCGCUGCCAGUACUGCCGCCUGCAGCGCUGCAUCGCCUUCGGCAUGAAGCAGGACUCUGUGCAGUGUGAACGGAAGCCUGUGGAAGUUUCCAGAGAAAAGUCUGUGAACUGCGCUGCCUCCACUGAAAAGAUUUACAUCAGGAAGAAUCUCUGCAGUCCCCUGGCUGCUACACCCACGUUUGUAACAGACAAGGAGACUGCAAGGUCUACAAGUUUGCUGGAGUCCGGAAUGCUUCUGAAUAUUCAACAGCCCUUCACAAAGGCUGACAGCACUGAGAUGAUGACAUCCCCUGAUAAGAGUGACCUGUGUCAAGGCGAUUUGAGCACCCUUGCUAAUGUGGUGACAUCACUUGCCCAUCUCAGCAAAACAAAAGAGAUGAGUGACAGUAACACAGACCUGUCAGUGAUAGAGACACUAAGUAAUGGAGAUAAUUCAAUGACUGAAAUUCAGACAGAAGAACAAUCCAAUGAUAUUACAAGAGCAUUUGAUACACUAGCAAAGGCCCUGAAUCCAGGAGAUCACCCUCAGGGGGAGCACAUAGAGACGAGUAUGCACCUAGUGUCAGGAGACCAGUCGGGGAGUGUGGUGGAAAUAAAUGGCCCUCUCUUAUCUGAUGUUCACGUGGCUUUUAAGCUUACCAUGCCUUUACCCAUGCCGGAGUACCUCAAUGUGAAUUAUAUCUGUGAGUCUGCUUCAAGGCUGCUGUUCCUCUCCAUGCACUGGGCUCGCUCCAUCCCUGCUUUCCAGGCACUGGGACAGGACAGUGACAUAAAUCUGAUGAAGGCUUGCUGGAAUGAGCUCUUUGCUCUUGGCCUAGCACAGUGUUCACAGGUGAUGAAUGUGGCCACAAUUUUAACUGCUAUUAUCAACCAUCUCCAGAACAGUUUACAGGAAGAUAAACUCUCACCAGAAAGGGUGAAGAUUGUAAUGGAUCACAUCUGGAGAAUGCAAGAGUUCUGUAACAGUAUGGAAAAACUGUCUCUUGAUGCUUAUGAAUAUGCAUAUUUAAAAGCAAUUGUUCUGUUUAGCCCAGAUCAUCCUGGUAUAGACAAUAUAUUACAGAUUGAAAGGUUCCAGGAAAAAGCCUAUAUGGAACUGCAGGACUAUGUCGCACAAACAUACCCAGAAGACACUUACAGGCUAUCAAAGCUGCUCCUGAAGCUGCCAGCACUGAGACUGAUGAGUGCAGCAAUCACCGAAGAGCUGUUCUUUGCUGGCCUCAUCGGCAACGUGCAGAUUGACAGCAUCAUCCCCUACAUUCUGAAAAUGGAGUCCACCGACUACAACAACCAGAUUAUCACCUCUAUAGAGUAAACUGAGCUUGACGAAAAGGCAAAGGCCCUUCAUUUUUACAAAAAUAUACAAAUUGUGGGGAUACAACUUCUCAGAGAUAUCAGCAGAUUAAGAUUUAACAAUUCAUAUUGGCCUGAAUUUUACUUUCAAAUGUUUGAUUGCCAGUAGCCUGGAGUGUGUUUUUUUUUUUUGUGCAGGUGCAUUUUGUAUGUGAAUAAGUAGAAAGUGUAUCGCUGUACGAAGAAUAUUCUGUUACAUUUAAGGUGGUCUCCUUUCUCAUUAGUUGGAUGUUGGAUUUCUUUGUCGAGAUUUCAUUUUUGGAUUCUUGUAUGCUUGUUUGAGUUUGAGAAAUUGUACAGAUUACAACCUUAUUUCUAAAAUCUUUAUCCCAUCUAAAGGAAAUUAGUGCUUAAACUGUAGCUUGCUCUGGACAUGACCUGAAUGUGGUGCUUUAUGUGUGUAUAUAUAUAAAUAUGUAUAUUAAAAAUCAGGGACCAUUACUUGUAACCUCCCAUUAUCUCUGGAAAUAUAUUAAUGUACUUAAAAAUAUUAAAUUGAUUAAAGGUAUUUUCAGACGGUAUCGCAAAUGCACUUUAAAAUCAGUUGCUCUUUUUAUAGUGGUAUUAAUGGGUAGGCAACAUAUUUUCCAUUAUGUUUAAUGAUCAUCUGUACAUUAUACUGCCUUGUACAUCUUUUUAAAUUAACAGCUAUUUCCACUCAAAGACACUGUAUUACACAAGUAAAAUGAGUUGUUACUCUUCUAGCACAAGUAGGUAUUGGGCAGAAAAUGUGUUUUUAUUACUCCAGGAAAGACGAGUCAAUUAUGGAAAAAGGUGUUAUUAUUUUAAAAUGUAUUUUGUAACUGAUUACAAAAGGUUUUGUCCAGAACUGUUUUUGCACAAGUUGCUGCAGUUCAUGUUGGAAUGCUUGCUGAGCAGCUCAGCGAUGCCUUUUAAAGGAAGCAUUUUCUUUAACGCUUCUUACUGUGUGUUAAGUUAUAUUGUAGAGCAUCCCCACGGACCGACACCCUUUCCAUUUUUAAACUCAACAUUUUUAUUGAAAUGUGAUAGCAGUUUGUGUAGUUUUAUUUUUCUUAAAGUGUCCUGCUGCAUUGCGCUGCAGUGAAAUGACUUAUCAGGGCUCUGUUAAAAAACUGAGUUUUAUCCAGUACCCUGCAAUUUGGAAACCUGGCCUAGGUUCUGUGUUUUAGAAAGAGGUGUGCUGUGGUUUUCUGAAGUACUGCAUUGCGCCUGCCUAUCCUUCCCUUUUGGGAUCUAGAAGGCCGGUGGACACCAGGAUAUAUGAUAAAAAGUCUCUCCCUAAGCCCAGUGAGGCCAAAUGAUGCAAGAUGUGUGCCAUGUUAAUGUUUCAGAUCUAGCAGAAAAAAGCCAGUUCAUCUGCUGUAAUAAACAUAGUAAAUGUUAACUGUAUCUUGAAAAUUAUACUAGAACAAUGAGAAAGUUGGAAAAAUACUUGUGUAACCAUUGUAAGAAAUAUAAUUUUUUUCACAAGUUUCAAAAGAUUUGCAUUUAAAUACACAUUUUUGUUUUCCUGGAAGAAAACGUCGAAUGGAAUAGAGUUUGGUUAAUAGUGGAGUAUUCGGUCAGUCUAAUGCUUUGGGGGGUUCUGUGUUUAUUAAGGAUUUCUGACAUUGUUAACUGUAUUAAAGUAGGUGAUUCAUGUUUUUUUUUCCUUGCAUUGUUUUUGUUUAUUGUAAAAAGGAUAAUGUAAACGUUCAAUUUCAAUUAGAUAUGUAAAUGGCAUUUUCUUUUGAUUUUUAAAAAUAUAACAUCAUCUUUUUUUUCUUAUCUGUACUGUAGGCUACAUUAUUGAAAUUAUUUUAUUUUAGUUUUGUAACCUUAAUUUGUCAUGUAUAACAAAGUCACAUUUCGUUCUCAUUAAAAAAUAGAGGUUAUAAGAUAAAGUUGGUUUCCAAUACUGUAUUAAAAAUAAAUAUGCAGGUUGUACUUUGUGGAAUGUGUUGAGUAUAAAGACCAUUAAUGAUACAAUUAGACAUUAAAUAAGAUUUAUUUUUCACUGCACCAGCCUUUUCUGAAAUCAGCCAAUGGCAAUUUUGUAAGGGGUAUUUGGAAAUGACUUUAUUAAAUGUUUUAUUUAAAGUGUA